GCCAUCCGGAUAAAUUACCUUGCUACUACCUCUGUGGUGGUUUGUUGAAACCUAUUGAUGUAUUUUGAAUAGAAAUAUAUCGAGAUUGUGGAGAUUUGAGGAACAGCUCUGUCAAACUCCAACACAGGAAAGGCAAAGCACGGCUGCAAAACCACACCUAUCGACACAGUUAUUCCAACUAGAGCCUGGUUGUUGCCUACGCAUUUCUUCUCAUUAACUUGCUUCUUCAGAUUGAUGAAUGAAUGGACCAUCGCAGGCUCUGUCCAAAUCAAAGCCAUUAAUCGCCAAUGUCUAUCGCUACGACUCACUGCUCCGCCACUAUGCCGCCACUCGCUCUCUCAACAAAACCAAAAUUCUCCAUGCCCACACAAUCACUUCUGGGAUUCUGCACUCUCCCAACUUCAUCCAUCUUCCAUCACACCUCGCUGUCUCCUAUGCGUUUUGUGGGUGCGUCCCACUUGCACGCAAGCUGUUCGAUGAUUUGUCUGACCCUAGUUUGUUUUUAUGGAACGCCAUAAUUAAAAUGUAUGUGGACAAGGGCUUUCAUUUUGAUGCACUUAGGGUGUUCGAUUCAAUGAUUUGUUCGGGGAAGUGCUGGCCGGAUAAGUAUACAUUCCCUUUGGUUAUCAAAUCUUGUAGUGUUAUGUCAAUGCUUAAUGUUGGAGUUUUGAUUCAUGGACGAGCUCUAGUAUCUGGGUUUUCUUCAAACAUGUUUGUGCAAAAUUCCUUGCUAGCAAUGUACAUGAACUGCGGGAAAAUGGAGCUAGCGAGACAGGUUUUCGAUGUAAUGCUGGACCGGAGUGUGGUUUCAUGGAACACGAUGAUCAGUGGGUGGUUUCAGAAUGGGCGGCCAGAGGAAGCUCUGGCGGUUUUUAACCGCAUGAUGGAUGCAAGAGUUGAACCUGACUCUGCCACGAUUGUGUCUGUAUUGCCAUCAUGUGGUUACUUGAAGGAGUUGGAAUUGGGAAUUAAGGUUCAUAAACUAGUGCAAAAAAACCAUUUACAAGAGAAGAUUGAAGUAAGGAAUGCACUUGUGGAUAUGUAUUCGAGAUGUGGUGGUAUGGGUGAGGCAUCACUAGUUUUCGCGGAGACAAAUGAGAAGGAUGUUAUUACUUGGACUUCGAUGAUUAAUGGCUAUAUCAUGAAUGGAAAUGCCAAGAGUGCUUUGGCUCUUUGCCCGGCAAUGCAGCUCGAUGGAGUAGUGCCAAACGUAGUGACUUUAGCUUCUCUUCUCUCUGCCUGCGCAAGCUUGUGUUGUUUGAAGCAAGGGAAGAGCUUACAUGCUUGGGUACUCAGGAAAAAACUUGACUCUGAUGUACUCGUGGUUACUGCUUUGAUAGACAUGUAUGCAAAAUGUAAUGCUGUGAGCUAUAGUUUUCAAGUGUUUGCGAAGACAUCAAAGAAGAGAACUGUCCCUUGGAAUGCACUUCUCUCGGGGCUCAUUCAUAAUGAACUUCCAAGAGAAGCAGUGGGACUCUUUAAAAGUAUGCUCAUUGAAGAAGUAGAAGCAAACCAUGCUACUUUCAGUAGUGUCAUCCCAGCUUAUGCCAUUCUAGCAGAUUUGAAGCAAGUGAUGAAUUUACAUUCCUACUUGGUGAGAUCUGGCUUUAUUUCAAAAAUUGCUGUUAUCACUGGUUUGAUAAAUAUGUACUCAAAAUGUGGAAGUUUAGACUAUGCCCAUAAGAUUUUCGAUGAAAUUCCAAACAAAGAGAAGGACAUUAUUGUGUGGAGUGUUUUGAUAGCUGGCUAUGGAAUGCAUGGACAUGGUGAGACUGCUGUUUUGCUUUUCAACCAGAUGGUUCGUUCCGGGAUGAAACCGAAUGAGAUAACUUUCACUUCUGUUUUACAUGCUUGCAGCCAUAGAGGAUUGGUAGAUGAUGGUUUGGCAUUGUUCAAGUAUAUGAUCGAAAACCAUCCGUCGAGUCCACGCCCCAAUCACUACACCUGUAUUGUUGAUCUUCUUGGUCGUGCUGGUCGAUUGGAUGAAGCAUAUGAUUUGAUCAAGUCAACGCCAUUCCAGCAGAACCAUUCUAUUUGGGGGGCUCUGCUUGGUGCGUGCUCGAUACACCAGAAUGUCGAACUUGGAGAGGUAGCAGCAGAGCAACUUUUCGAGCUUGAGCCUGAAAAUACGGGAAACUAUAUAUUACUUGCAAAUAUUUAUGCUGCGAUUGGAAGAUGGAAAGAUGCAGAGAAUGUGAGGCAUAUAAUGAGUAAAAUAGGCCUAAGAAAGAUGCCUGCACAAAGUUCAGUUGGUGCAGCUGUGUAGUAAAAUUUAGAUUUUUAAUACAUCUAUAUAUAUUUAAAUCUUCUUGAUAAAACUAUUAAAAUUUGUAUGUUUUAUUUCUCCGGCAGCGGGCGCUCAAAGAGCGAAAAUUUUGAAAUGUUUUAUGAAAGUUAAUUGGUAAA